AUGGCCGAUCAUCCCGACCACGAGGAGGAGUUGGCUCCUGCAGCAGUAAACGAUGAAAGCUCCGGCUCGCUCUUUACACAGUCACAGGCGAUUGAAGUCGAUACCAACACCAAUACCAGUGACGACAAGGACUCUGCGUUUGGCUCGGAGUCCGAGUCAACGACGAGCACGUCAAUUCUCUCGUCUAUUCGAGACUAUGAGUACUCCAAUGGACGACGAUAUCACGCAUAUAAAAAAGGCGCAUACCUACUUCCCAAUGACGAAAUGGAGCAAGAACGCCUCGAUAUGCUCCACCACGUAUUUUUGCUUGCCCUUGAUGGUCGGCUAUUCAUCUCUCCACUUCAUGAUCCCCAGAGGAUCUUCGACGUUGGAACGGGAACUGGUCUCUGGGCUAUCGACGUUGCCGAUGAGUACCCUUCCGCCCAGGUCAUCGGUACCGAUUUGAGUCCCAUACAACCUGGAUGGGUGCCGCCCAAUGUUCAAUUCUAUAUUGAAGAUGCAGAGACGGAGUGGAUAUAUGAUCCUGAUGAUUCGUUUGACCUGAUCCAUACCCGAGUGAUAGGUGGCAGUAUCGGCGAUUGGGAUAAGUUUGUCCGGCAAGCCUAUACGCAUUUAAAACCUGGUGGUUGGCUUGAGUUACACGAACCACAAUCAUGGAUAACGGCAGACGACGAUAGCAUGGCUCGUUGUGAAUACACCAUUCAGUUUCAAAGCAAAUGUGUGGAGGCAGCGCAGAAAUUUGGCAAAGACAUCAAUCUAGCGCCCACGCAUAAACAAAGAUUAAUCGAUGCGGGCUUCGUCGACGUACAAGAAAACAUAAUCAAGAUACCCAUUGGAUCCUGGCCGAAGGAUCCUCGUCUCAAAGAAAUGGGUCGAUUUUGGCUAGAACAUAUGGUUGCUGGCAUUGAGGUCUAUUCACUGGGCUUUAUUGGCAAGGUCUUAGGUUGGGGUGAGGCUGAAUGCCGCGUGCUCGCAGCCAAAGUCGGGACGGAGUUGAGGGACCGCAAAAAUCAUUUAUACGUCAAUUGUCACAUCAUUCGUGGCUGUCUGGCACAUCCCUCCCACGGCCCUAGUGAUGAUUUCGCUGGUUCCCAUGGAAUGCUCAAUCAAGAUAGUGUCGUACGGAGGAAUCUUAAUUCGAAGGUUACGGCCAUCUCCGGUAGCCUCGCCACCGAAUUGAUCAGUGUGACGGGGGUCUCUGGUUACGACACUGAAACUAUAGUUGAUUCCACCUGUCGCCAAGGCGUCAAUGGCAAGAACCUGCUGAAGAAUACUUUUGAUCUUUACCGAGGUAGUGUCGCAGUUGAGGCGCUCCCUGCACUCCAUUCAUUCAAGUGCUUGCUUCAUCAUGCAACGGUCGGUCUGUCGCUGAUGAGUAAAGGAGGCAACAUAGGCGUCAUGGUGUCCAUAUUUGUCGACAUUCAUGCAAGCAAGACAGAGAGCAGUACUGGCAAGAAAGCAUAUUUGAUCUAA